AUGACUGCAAUUCUUAUACAAAAUACUAUUGUUUCUCUUAUCGUCACCAGUAUUACUUUUGCUGUUGUUUUUAUACUUAAUUAUUUAAAUAAGAAAAAUUCGAUUACUACCGAAGUUUCUCGAAAAGUAGUUCAUAUUGGAGCUGGAACACUUUAUCUUGCCCUUUAUUUCUAUAGUGAUUAUGGAUAUUUUUCAAAAUAUUUGAAUAUAUUUCCAUAUUUUCUUUGGACUAGUAUACUUCUGUGGAAGAGUCAAUCAAAAUCUUCUGUUCAACAAAAAGAUGAUUUCUUGGUAGGUAUAAUAACAAGAAAUCAUCGUCAAAGUGAACUUUUACGUGGACCACUAUUUUUUAAUAUUGUUAUCAUCAUCUGUGGUACUGUUUUAUAUAAAACAAUACUUGGUUCUAUGAUUAUGGGUAUAUUAACAUGGGGAGAUGGUUUAGCUGCUGUCAUUGGUGUUCGAUAUGGUAGUCGACGAAAAAUUUAUCGGACAAAAACAUUAGAUGGAUUAUUGACUUUUUUUAUUGUUGCUAUCAUAGCUUCGAUUAUUUAUACAUCUAUUCUUGUUGAUUUUCAAUCAAUUUGUCUGUGGAAAAUUUGUACGAUAUCUUUUGUUACAGCAGUGAUAGAAACUUUAAGUCCAUCUGAUAUUGAUAAUUUAACUAUUCCCUUAUCUAUCAUUAUUUUAUAUUAUUUUUUAUUUUAA